AUGGACUCUGUCUCCAAUGAGACGCCAUCGGACGUCAUUUCUUUAGGGCCCUUGAUGAGCCCGACAGCCAUAGACACAACCUUGUAUUUGCAGGCCCGUCGGAUCAUUCAAAUGACAAAUCAAUUUGUCGACGACAUCAGCGUGCGUUAUUUUCAGGGAAUACAUCGUUAUCUUCCUAUUAUCUCUCGCAAACGCUUCCAUGACUAUCUCAUCCAUGUCGGCGCAUUCCCUCCAGCAAGCUUCUCAGUUCUUCUGCUCAGUAUCUGCCUAGUGACGUACCAUCCUGAGAUACUGCCAAAAAACCCGCAACGUAUUAGCCGCGAGUCCCUCUACAUUACUAUCAAGUUGGUCUUCACUCAGAUCCAGGCUGUCUUCCCUCCUACUGUUCAUCUAAUUCAGGCGGGCGUUCUUUUGGCGUUAUAUGAGUAUGCACAUGGGAAGCCAGAUGAUGCAUUCCUAUCUAUCAGUGGCUGUGCGCGGAUGGGGUAUGCGACGGGUCUCCACCAUGAGCGGCCGACACAUUUGCAUCAUUACACAAAGGAAGAAGAAAUGGUCAAUACAUGGACAGGGAUCAUUGUUUUGGAACGGUUGUUCUUUUGCGAGCUGUCAGCACGAGACCAGCCUUUUGCGACUAAUAUGUCCACUCAUCCCCAGCUGACAGCAUCGGAGGGUGAUAAUAAAAAUGACAACAUGUCGCGGUUCCAAGCAUCUAAAGCAUCGAUAGAGAUGCAAGGCCUUGGGUACUCUGCCCAAGCAGCGUGGCUCUUGGACCGAGUUUUGAAGGCUACCAAAGGCCCUAACAUGAAUACACAAUUCGAUCAACUUGAUGAGCUUGGAUCUUCACUGCAAGUCUUGCUAGGGCUUUUGUUGGAACAAUGUCAGGAUGUUUGGGGCGUGUUCUGUGGGGCCACUGCAAUUGCUAUUAGGGCCCUAUUCAUACUGCACUGGCAUAUUCUGAGUCAACCCGCUCAGCCCUUCUCUUCAGAGCUGGAAGAAUGGAGGCAAAAGUCUUACGAUACCUUGGACACGGUCUCUAAUAUGGUGAUUGAUAUUAACAAUACACAUGAAGAUAUAGCUCCACACCUGAUUGACCAGAUGCCCCCAAGUUGUGUCUAUAUAACUCGGGCAGCAUUGAAACAUAUUCAUGAUAGUGCGUGUUGGAAAAGUAAAAGCUGGCUUUGGGAGACGGAGAAGCAACUGAAUGCCUCGUUGGAUCAGUUUAGUCGCCGAUGGGGCUUUGAAACGGCCGCCAUAAAGUCAGCAACGUAUCGAAUAUGA